ACUGAUAUUAGAACAAGAUCACCAUGUUAGAUAUUGUCAUCAAUCUUGACUACUUGAAAAGUUGGAAUGGAAUUUUUAAAAUCUUACAAUUAGUAGUAGGCACAAUUUGCAUAGGAAUAAUUGGUCACGAGUUUAACAGCAUCAAUGUAUCAAAUGCAUUGUAUCAAACUGCACUAAACUUUUAUCUUAUUGUAACAUGUACUUUCUUUAUUGGUACUUUUAUUCUUGUUAUCAGUUAUCUGAUGUCUCCUUCUGCUGCAUCUAUUGUACCUAAAACAGUUUAUGAAUUUAUUUAUCAAUCUAUCGCAUCUUUAUUAUUACUUGUGGCUUCGAUAACAUUAAUGGUAAAAAUAAAUCAAGCUAAUGAGAUUGCAUCAUAUAAGCAGUUAUUAGUGGCUUCU